AAAUAAAUAUGCAUGAGUCAACUUCUUUGAUUGAAACGUUAUCUAAAUGAAUCAAAAGUGAAAAGUAAAAUUAUUUUGAAUUGUAAAAUUCUGUAGUUUCUGAACGUGAGCCAAAUUUGACAUUGACAGUUGAAGUUCGAGCCGUUUGAGGUGCAUGUGUUUGUUUACUUUGUGUUUGUUCACUUUUGCAGGUGUUUUUCAAAGUUUUUAAUUAUUUUUGUGUUCAAUAUAUUAUGUAAUUUUUUUUGCUAGUUAUUUACUUAAAUGCCUGACUGAUUUAACUACACUGUAAAAGUAACACAAAUCGCAGGUUAUAAAGAUGCCGCAAAUAUUUCAAGUGCUACGAUGUUACAAGUGCUUGGUAUUUCAAGUGCAUCAAACGAAAAAAUCUAAUAAAUUCGCGUGCAAAAUGUGUGGUGAAAAACAAUCUAUAAAAAGACAUUACGGACUUGGAAAUGGUCUAGAAUGUAGGAAACAUGUACAGAAAUUGAAUGGCAUUAGGGGUGAACUUGAUGAAUGUAAAAGUUCACAAAGUAUAAGCACUGGGGAUGAAGAGAGCGAGAACGAAAAUAAUACAACAAUAGCACCAAAAAUUACUGCCUCAGUUCAAAAUAAACAAAGUAAAUGGUCAGAUUUUGUGGAGAAUACUGCUGAAAACUUAGAAGUACCAAAUAAUGAUGAUAAAAUGUAUCUUAACCAUACAGAAGUGGUUUUAGAAAUGCCCAAAAAACGCCGAAAAAUAUUAGGUAAAAGGAGUAUUAAAAAUGAAAAUAAUAGAACAUGUUCUAACACUAGUGACCUUGUAGAAUCAAAUGAGAAUGACAUGCUCACCGAACUACCAAAACAUGAACCAUGUCCAAGUUUCUCUAGAAUGCAGGAAAGUAAUGUUAUGAAAAGAACCUUUACACCACCAAUAAAAAAUAAUAACUCUCCGACAAAAAUUGAAACUCCGUUUAAUACUAAAUGGAAUGAACUUGAUAAUGAAUCAGACAAAAGUACUUUCAAGACAGAACAACCUCUUAGCCAAACAAAUAAUGUGAUGAAAAUUAAAUAUAAACCACCAGCAAUUAAUAAAAACUCUAAAUGGGCAAAGUUUGCCGAAGAUAGUGAUCAUGAAGAAAAUGACGUAGAGACUCCUGUAAAUACUCAAAACGAUCCAAAAACGUUAUUCUCAUUAUGUGACGAUAAUGAUCUUGAUGAAUAUCUUACAAUUUAAAUUAAAAUCAUCAUUAAAAGUUUUGUAUUUUUGGAGAAAUAAAACAAGAGUUUUUAAAUAAUAUUAUUAUUACAACCAGUACACACAAUCAUCACAAUGGCAACAUUUUAUAUCACUUUUAUAAUAAUUUCUACGAGAUAAAUAGCCAACUACAAACAUGCUGAUUUCUUCAUCA